AUGCCUGUCGCUGCCGUCGUCGAAGAGGCGGCAAAUGGGCCGUUCGCCAUGAUGUGGACUCUCCUCGUCUCGUUUCUCGCCUCUAUUGUCACUCAAUCUGUGGUGCAUGGUCAGACCUCUGGUCUUGCACCCAAACAGUUCUUGACCUUGCCUUUGGGUCAAGUCAAGCCCGCGGGAUGGCUCUUUGAUCAGCUCAUGGUUCAAACCAACGGCCUUGCCGGGCACGAGCAUGAAUUCUACGACUAUGUCUCUCAAAGUGACUGGAUCGGGGGCAAUUCGUACUACUCCAACUUGGAAGAAGGCAACUGGAAGCUACUGAACGCCAUGGUUCCCAACGGUGUGUUGGUUGAAGACGAGACCAUCAUCUCCCAAGUCCAGAACUUCCUCGACUACGUCAUCGACCAUCAGGACGAGACUGGCUGGCUCGGCCCUGAGGUCAACACCACGAAGCCCCGGUAUCUUUGGGGUCGCUACCCAUUCCUGUUCGGAGCGAUCCAGAUGACCGAGGCGUUCCCGGAACAAACGGACCGUAUCGUCGCCGCGAUGCAUAAGUUCGUAUCCCUGUCCAACACCAUGCUUCACAACAACGAAGGCAUCGAGGCAUGGAUGCAGACUCGCUGGGAAGACUUCGUCAUGGCUCUGCAGUGGCUGUACGAUUUCCAUCCUAAUGGCAAUGAGGAUCUUCUCAUCGACACCAUGAAGAUGCUCAAGUACACCGGAGACCCGUGGGAGGAUUACUUCCCCACCGGACCCGUGGAGAACCUCGAAAACCCAUUCCCGGAUUUGACAUGGCACGGCGUAAACAUGGCUGAAGGCCUCAAGGCGCUUCCUUCGACCUACCGCUUUACGCACAACCAGUCUGAUCUCGACGUUGCGAGCAAGGGCUGGGACCUCUUGUUCCAGUACCACGGCAGGCCAUCGGGUAUCUAUGCUGCUGACGAGUUCCUGGCCGGGCUCGAGGCGGUCCGAGGCACCGAACUGUGCUUGGUCGUGGAAACUAUGGGCUCGUAUCUAUACCAAGUUAUCGGAGAUCCGAAGUUUUUGGAUAGGGUGGAACGGAUCACGUACAAUGCGCUUCCGGCAACUUUGACAGGAGAUAUGUGGGCGCGGCAGUACCUCCAGCAACAAAACCAGAUCGCGGCCCAGAACAUCAACCCCUUCCCCGAGGAUGGGCCGUACUCAAACGUCUUCGGUCUCGAGCCCAACUACCCCUGUUGCACGGUCAAUCAUCCUCAAGGCUGGCCUAAAUUCAUCAGCAACUCGUUUGUCACCUCGGCGGAUGGAAACUCCCUUGCGCAAGUUUAUCUCGGUCCGUACAGCGUGAACACGACUCUGGCGAAUGGCAACAAGGUCACCGUGACUGUUGACACGCUCUACCCUUUCAGCGACUCGCUCAAGACGACGAUCACCGCAUCCCGGCCGUUCACGUACAAGGUCCGCAUCCCUUCUUGGGUGUCCGCGGGAACAAUCGCAAUCAACGGCGCGCUCCGAAGCCGUGAAACCGUCCAACGGCCUGCAGUCCGUAAGGUCCCGGCCGGAACUACUCACUUCACGCUGGACCUGCCUGCGGAAAUCACCAUCGAGUCGCGCCCCCACGGGUCUGUCGCCGUGCACCGCGGGCCUCUGCACUACGCGUUCGACAUCGCGCGUUCGAGCAAGGUGCUCAAGCAGAACGCGCAGCAGCCGCUCGCCAAGGACUUCGAGUUCGACUCGACGACGGCGUGGCAGUACGCCAUCGACCCCAACUCGCUCGUCUUCCACGCGGGCACCCCCGCGGGCGGCGCGCUGCCCUCGCCCGUCUUCGAUUCGGGCCUGCCGCCGUUCACGAUCUCGGCCUCGGCGUGCCCCAUCGACUGGGCCGUCGCCGGGAACAAGUUCGCCGCGCCGCCGCCGGAGAGCCCGGUGUCGUGCGCGGGUGCGGUGACGAACAUCACGCUCUGGCCGUUCGGGGCAACGAAGCUGCGCAUCGGCGAGUUCCCCACCUUCACCGCGGCGUGA